ACACACACACACACACACACACACGCAAGGUCACAUGAUGUUUGUGCGUCCAGAUGCCUUGUCGUCCAUCUGCCAAAAAGGAAACCCGAGUCAAAGUUAUCACAUUGAAUUCAACGAUAGGCUUCCGUGUUUGGUGCGUAAAAGCGGCUCGGAGUUGCCUCCUCGUCCAACUUGGGCUCGUCCAACCACAUUGUAAAAGGCAGACUUCCGGUGCUCACAGUCAAGGGCAGUUUUUGGCCUCCCUCGCGCAUUUAUGCAGCGCGGGUGCGGAUGGAAUUCAUGGAGCGACCGACUCGUUGAUGGACUGACUGACUAUCUGAGAGCAAAGGAAAUGGAAAAAAAAAGGCGUCACAAAAACUUUGAGUGGAAACAAAGUUGGCGUUGCGGCCGCUGAAAGUAGCCCUACUGGCCUCUUUAGCGGCGGCCGCUGAAAGUAGCCCUACUUAGCGGCCACACGCACCCACACGCCAAUAGCUAGCUUCACUCGUUACGCACUGCUACCUAGCAGCUUAGCAUAGCUGCACUUGGACCUCUCUGUCACAAAAGAGUCAGUCACGUCUGUGAGGGUUCUUUGCACGACCACACGCCCUGGUGGGUCAAGGUGGCCUUAUGAAAAUGUUUGGAACCACACAAUCCUCGAGAAAGCAAGUGUCAACCACGCACACACGUCAUCCCGGUGCUGAGGCUUCUGCGAAAACUCAUGACAACCGCAGUGACCCGGCCGGGAAUGUCCUCGCCAAGAUGGAGGUGAGCGGAAGUUCCUUCAAGGAAGGCCGUGUGUGUGUGUGUGCGUGCGUGCAAAUGCGCGCGCGUGUGCGUGCAAAUGCACGCACGCAUGGGUGUUUCUGAGUAGCAGCAAAGUUCAGAGGAAGAUUCUGGUGUUUGCUACCGAGCGGCCACAGACCACAAUGAAAGAAAAGACGCGUAUAAAAGAUGCGAGCGGCGGGCGCUCAGCCAAUUGACCUGAAAAAGCGUCGCCAUCGCUCAGCAUUUGUCACUCGUCUCACGGCGCCCUCCUGUCGUCUCGUCUCGUCUCCGGUCACUCCGUCCGCCGCCGCCGCCAUGUCGCCGCCGAGCCGCUUGUGUCUUCUGCUCCUGCUGGGUUCCCUGGUGCUAGGCGCCAGUCACUCGGACCCGUAUCCGGAACUGAGAAAAAUCCUGGAGGAGAUCUCCAAAGAUGUGGAUCUGAAGAGCGUAAACAUCAGCACUCAUCCUCCCUUCAAGAGCGUCAUCAGGAGCAUCAGAGCGUGUCAGAACCGAGAGGAAGUCAAGCUGGUGGAGGCCACGUUGCGCGUGUAUACGCGCAUCGCGGAGAGCAUCCAGCGCAACGCCACCCUGCUGAAGGUAGCGCCCGACCAGGAGCGGCUCAGGCGCAACGUCGGCCAGCUGACGAGCAGAUUGCGCCGCCUGAGCGCCACCCUGGCCCGACGCCACUGCCCCAACACCACAAACGUCCUGCAUCAGCUCACGCAGCUCCAGGUGGACGACGUGACGUUCCAGAAGAGAGCGCUCUCUCAGUUUCUGGAGGUGUACAACAUGGCGACUGUCAUUGGCUCUCACACUUUGGCCUCACCCACCGACGCCUCGCCGUGAAUGCGUUUUUUUUCCAAAUCAUUCUUCUAAUUUAUUCCAUUAUUUAAUUCCCUCCUGUACCUUAAUUUAUUCUCUUUAGCGGAAGAAGCAGACCUUUUUGAACCUGUCAUCAAUACAUUUGUCGUCUUGAUUGAAAUGACCAUAAUAAAAGCACAAAGUUCACAUUUGAA